AGUGAGGAUAAGGUCGAGAUGGAGUGGCUGGCUGCUCUGCUGGUCCUCCCGAGCCUGGUCGCUGCGGAGUGCAAAGACCCCCGGGUGACCCACGUGAGCGUGCAGCUGCCCAACGUGAGCUGGGAGGGCGCGCUGGACCCGGCCUGCCUGCAGGGCUUCCACGUGUGCUGGAGCCUGCACGGCGACCCGGCGGAGGCGUGCGAGUCGCUGCCGCCCGCCGCCUCCAGCCUGCUCGUCAACGAGGUGCGGCCGUGCGCGUACCUGUACGUGCGCGUGACGGCCGUGGGCAGGAGCGGCCUCAACAGCAGCACCGCCGUCAGCUCCGGGCUCGCAGACCCGCCCAAGCUGCGGCAGCUGCGCAGCACCCAGCCCAGCCGGGACGCCCUGGUGCUGCAGUGGGCCUCGCUGGCCAACUACUCCUGCGUGGAGCACGUGAAGCUGUGGCUGUGCCCCAACAGGACCCAGGACCGCGGCUCCUGCUUCUUCACCCAGCUAUACGAGGACGUCACCCAGCUCGAGCUGUACGACUUCCCCGCCUGCCGCCACUACCACGUGUACGCGUGCGCGCAGCACACGGAGGCGUGCCCUCUGACGGUGAUGCGGGUGUACCUGGACUCUGCAAACGAGCUGACCCGGGUUGAAGCGGCGAACGUGACCCAGGACUCGGCCGUCAUCAAGUGGUGGGUCUCCGACGUGAACUUCACCUGCAGGACGGAGAAGGUGCAGCUGUGCUACCAGGAGAAGGGCAACGACACCUCGGCGGAGUGCUGGAGCUGGGUGCUGGACCAGGCCGAACCUGGAGACUCCACCCAGCUGACCGACCUCUACUCCUGCGCCGCGUACUCGGCGGUCGUCAGCCUCGCCACCGCGGUUAAGACCACCCGCAAGACCGUCACCUUCACCACCCCGAUGGCGGGCGACGCGAUAGACGCGGGGGUCGGGAACGUGUCCGACACGGCGGCGGUGAUCGCGUGGUCCUUCGGCGCCGACAGGACGGACUGCCGACCCGACAGCAUGCAGGUGUGCUACUGGCCCGUCGGGGACAGUGACUCGAGGUUGUGUCGCUCGCUGGGCACGGCGGCGCACUCCAGCGCGCGCCUUCACAACCUGGAGGCCUGCAGCUCCUACCGGGCGGAGCUGACCCUGCUGACGACCGCCAGUCCGCAGCCAUCGACGGCCCUAGAGCUGACGACGACGAGCGCAGGUCACCCCGUGAUGGUGGCCAUGAGCGCUACGGCGACGAAGGACCUGGUGCGCGUGGAGUGGACGCCGGCCGACUCGAGCCUGCAGUGCGUGCGGCUGUACAACGUGUCCUGGUACUCCUCGGGCGACCCCAGGAGGACCUGGCAGUCCUUGCCGACUGACACCACGUCCUACACCAUCCACGCCGUGUCCAGCGGGCAGACGUACUACGUGCAGGUUUCUGCGGUCUUCCUGGACGGCACCUCCGAGUCGCUGUCCCGGCACGUGGACGUCCCUGCUCACUCGGGUUGUUCGUCUUCGUACGAUACAGUUUCAUGCGUGCAAUUGGUCACGACUAUACUUUCUUUGAGGUAUUUCCUAUGUAAAUAAUAAAAUCACAGAAAUUAAAAAGAAAUACUGGCAUGUUUUACUCAUAUUCUUAAUAUUAGGCAUCAUAGCUAUUGUGCAAAUAACCAUAUUAAAAAUUUACAUGUUUUAUUUUGUUAUAUGUAUGCUAUGUUAGCCCUAUAGAUAAUUAAACCGAAACUAAGUAUUUGUUAAA